GUCUCCUCCCGGAAGCUGGCUUCAGCGGAAAACGUUUGCCGGAGUUGGGAGGAGGGGGAACGAAGUUGUGAUUGACCGGAACAGUGGCGGGGAAAUUUUUUUUCUUGCUUUUUGUUGAAGAUAUGUAAAAGAACAGUGACUAAUGAAAAUAUAACUGGGCCUUGGAGAUCCACAUAUACAGAAAUAUGGCAGAUGACAUCAAACCAUUAUUGACUCCUGUAGCUGAGGAUAAAUCGACACAUCUAGAACGAACAAAAGUCAAACCAGAAUCCAAUUCAAGGAGACCUUUCUACGUGCCACCUAGAAACCUUCAUGGAAAUGCAGAUCAACAGGAGCAGGUGACUCAAGAAGCUUCAGCAAUGAAUAGCCGUAUUCAGUACUACAGCAAGUUGACCACAACACACAAGACCUUGGUACCACCUGAUCAUGUAAUUCCAGCUGAAGAAGAAAUUUAUGUUUACAGUCCUUUAGGAAGUGCUCUCCAAUUUGAAAGUAGCACAGAUGGCUUUGGAAAGAAUCCCAGCAUUGUCACAAUAUUUUCUAUCUGGAAUACCAUGAUGGGAACAUCAAUAUUGAGUCUUCCAUGGGCACUAAAGGAGGCAGGAUUUACUUUGGGGAUUAUCUUGCUAAUUUUAAUGAACGUGUUGAUGCUAUAUUGUUGUUACCGGGUGCUGACAUCUAGACAGACAGUAGCUCAUAUAGAUACAUCAAACUGGGAAUUUCCUGAGGUCUGCAAAUACUAUUUUGGCUCAUUUGGCCAGUGGUCCAGUCUUCUCUUCUCUCUCAUUUCUCUAUUUGGAGCCAUGAUUGUUUACUGGGUGCUUAUGUCCAAUUUUCUGUUCAACACGGGGAAAUUUAUUUACAAUUAUGUUCAUAAUAUCACGGAAAUGGGCCAUGUUUUAAGUACAAAUGGAAGUAGUAAAGUUAUUUGUCCAAACCCACCUGGAGUUCACCAAAGGAAUAGCACUGACAUGUUUGUCAUCGUAAGCAAUGAUACUGCCUUGCACGAGUUUCAGGAGUGGUGGAAUAAAACCAACACUGUCCCCUUCUACCUGAUAUUACUGUUGCUACCUCUCCUCGGCUUCAAGUCUGCUUCAUUCUUUGCACGAUUCAAUAAUCUAGGCACAGUUUCAGUCUUUUACUUAAUUGUACUUGUAACAUUGAAGGCAGGGAGACAAGGAUUUCACUUGGAGUUCCACUGGUUUGAAUCUGUAAACAAUUUUGUUGCAGAGUUCAGAUUGUCUUUUCCACAUAUGACUGGAGUUCUUGCACUUGCAUUCUUCAUCCACAACUGUAUCAUCACCCUGAUGAAGAAUAACCAACACCAAGAAAAUAAUGUUCGAGAUCUUUCCAUUGCCUAUCUACUCGUGGGAUUAACGUAUCUCUAUGUUGCAGUGAUGACAUUUGCUGCAUUUCCCUCCCCAGCACUAUCCGAAGAGUGCAUUGAGCCGAACUUUUUGGAUAACCUGCCAAGCAGUGAUAUCAUGGCCUUCAUUUCCAGGGUCUUCCUGCUCUUUCAAAUGACAACUGUUUAUCCAUUACUGGGUUAUCUGAUUCGUGUGCAACUACUGGGCCAGUUGUUUGGAAAAGCAUAUCCAAGUUUUUUACAUGUGUUCGUCCUAAACAUUGUGGUUGUGUGCACAGGAGUCCUUGUCGCAAAAUUUUACCCCAAUAUAGGAGGAAUCAUAAGGUAUUCAGGAGCAACAUGCGGUCUUGCCUUUGUAUUUGUUUAUCCAUCUCUCAUUCAUAUGAUGUCACUCCACCGUAGAGGACAGCUGAGUUGGCCGUCUGCGAUCUUCCACAGUUUCCUUAUAGUUCUUGGUGUGGCUAAUCUCAUUGCACAGUUCUUGAUAUGAGUCUGCCAAAAAUAAAGACUGAAUUUUAAGAUAACUUAUUAACUGAUUUACAUACUGUUCUUAGGAUUGUAAAUUUCAGUAUUAUUCUUAUACGUGGUAAUACUUAUCAAGUACAACAAUCAGUUGUUAUCACCACUUGCACCCAGAAGGUUGAUGUUUCUCCGGUUAUUGCAAGCUAUUCCAUUCCCCUAUGACACUGAUUUGAAAUGGGAGUACAGACAAACAUUGUUGAUCUUUCAUUUGGUUUGCACAGUAAAACCACAGUUGGUAAAUUGCCUACAUGGUGUUGUUCAUCCUCUAGGCUGAAGUGGGUUCUCAAAUAUUUAUCAGAUGUAAUCCAAAUAAUAAGCAAAAGACAAAGUUUGAGAAGAUCGCUUGUAAGCUACUUUUAAAUGGAUCUUUAAUGGGAUACCAUUUCUGUUUUUUGAACGGCACACAUUAUUUUUCUUUUUCCAAGCUGUUAUCUUUCAGAGAUUGCAUGUAUCAGGUAGAGGAAAAGAUUCUGUAAUAUUCCAGUGAAUCAGUUAACCUUUUCUCUGAGUAGCUGUUUGGUAUAUGGUAGAGAAUAAAUUUUGUAUGUAUUUGCCUGAAAGCUUUUACGGAGAAUUGAUUUUGUUGGUUUAAAAUAGUCUUGAGGGUACAUAGACCUAUAUCUGAGCCACUUUGAAAGACUGAUGGUGGCACCCUUCACUUGUGUUCAGUUUUAUAAUGCUAGCUUUUGUUCCCAAUGGUAUGGCUGAAAGUGUUGGCUAAUAUUUAGAAGUUUCAACAGAUCACUUUGCUUAUUAUGUUUUCAUGUAAAAAUACACCUUCAAGUUAUUACAUUUAUCUGAAUUUUCAGCCAUUUGAAUGAUUCAGCUCACUUGAAUGCAGUACAGUAUUCUACAUCGUGAUAGAAUGAUAACAUCUUGCUUUAUUUAAAAAAAAAACACUCCUAUUUGCCCGGGGAGAAAAGUCUAAAAGAUUGGGUCAUAAGCUUUGGAACAAGCUGUGCAAGCUAGUCACUAGUCGUUUAGCUGGGUAAUAAGUUUGCAUUUCAGCUGAUUAUGACAGUUACUGGAAAAUAUUAAGCUGAACUGUUCCAGUUUUGUAGCUGCAUUGAUUAAAAACUUCCAUCGGCAGACUAAUUAAAGUUAGACUGAAGGAAUGGCAAUAGAAAAUGCAAAAAAGAAGAGUACAUAUAUUGUGUUGAUAGUGCACUACGUGUGGGGUCUUGGGUGUCUUUUUUUUUAAGAGUACUAAUCAUACUAUAAUUCAGGACCAUUGAAGUGGGAGAACGCUUUACUUUCUCAACUUUACUGCAUCUGCUAUUGGAUUGUGAUGUAUUGGUGCUGGCCUCUUCCUCAUAGGAAGUAGUUCCUUUCUAAUGCCCGUGCAUCGUGGGAGCAGGCCAAGAAGCAGCUCAACUGCAUGUACGGGACACAACAAUAGGUCAGUUGGCCAAAUAUCUGUUGGAAUUUCACUGUCUAUUGUUUUUCUUGAAUGGAAUACAUUGCAAUUUUUGCACUUCAAUACAUGCCAAUUUAAACCAAUGGACUACUUCAAUUUUGGGUAAAUUUUACUUGGAAAGAUUUAACUUCUGUGGUAAACUGGGCCUUAUGCAAGACAAUAUGAUGCCAAUUCUGUACCAGUUAACAUGUAUUUCUGUUACUGUUUUGCACGAGGCUUUUUGAUCAUUUUGUCAAUGCUUGUUUUGCUUUACUUUCCUCUGGUGCGGUACAUUUGUCUAUGGAUUGAAUAUGCAUCUGUGAUACUUGAUGUCAGUAAGUUACUUGUACAAUUUCAACAAGUUCAAUCAAUAAAAUAAAGCAUAUUUCAA